CAAAGUGGCAGACCUCAAUCAUCAGUGAAAAUCUAACCAUUGUUUAGUAAACAUUACAGCUUACAUCACCAAAAAAAACCUAACAAAAUGAAGACCAUCAUUGCUGUCGUUGUAGCUAUGCUCGGAGUAGCCCACGCAUCGAUUCUGCCACUGGGGCUGAGCCCACUCGGAUUGAGUCCACUGGGAUUAAGCCCACUGGGGGUGAAUUCACUUGAAUUGAGCCCACUGGGAGUAAAUCCUCUAGGACUGAAGGCACUUCAGCUAAACGCGCUUGGAUUGGCAGCAUCCCCUACUGUUAUCCAAUCAAAUUUGGGAAUUGCAUCCGCUCUACCAUUGGCCGCUAUAUCAUCCCCAGCCCUGAUUGGUUCUGGACUUCCGGCUACCAUCCCGAUUUCAGCUGCCGGUCCAAUUGCUUUGGCCGCCGCUCCAGCUCCUUUGAUUGCGGCUGCUGCUGGUCCAGCAUCCUAUGUGGCCGCUAACCGGGGCUCGAUCCAUACUGCCCCACUUGCCGGACAUUUGCUCUCCCAGAAAUCUCUCAACUUGGCUCCCGCUCCUGGAACUUUGUAAAUUAGUAAUGAGAAAAAUUUUGCACUGUACAGUAUUUUAGUCCUAAUAAAACAGCAGAGGAAUUAUUCGAA